UUGCAGAAUUAAUUCAGUUGGAGGAACAGAUUGUCACAGAGAGGGAUUCUUCUUCAGCGAGUGUGAAACGUCUGGAGUGUCAGCUCGGACAAGAACUCGAUGGACUUAGGUCUCAGCUUGCUGCCAUCGUCACAGAGCGCAACGCACUACUGACAAACGCGAGGCAGGAAGGAAUGCAGUUAGAGCCGCAGUCAAACAUGAGCCAGCCCACCGAACCUUGCUCCCCGGCAGAGAGCGACAAAACAUAACUGACAUACGAGUUUACAGUAAUCACAACAAAAUAUGUUUAAUCAAAACAUGAGAAGCAUAGCUUAAUAUAAUCUUAUAUAACCUAUACAGCAAAUACAUGGCCUCUAUAGCAUAUAUAUAUAUAAACUCAUUGCGUUAUAUCCGGCGAAUUAUUUUUGCAUUUUUUCGAAUAAUUAUAUGAUAAUUAGAUCGCAGAAGUGAUUAAUCGUACAUUUAAGAAACGAUGACAUAUAAGUUGAUUGUGUGACUUUGCGUGUAUCUCGGCAAUCACACUAUAGCUAGUUAGUUAUAAUUAGUUGUUGUGUCUUCGCAGCAUAAGAUGCUGCUAUGUAAAACGUUUAUACGGUCCAUCGGUGGGCAAAGCAAGGCCAUAUAGUUAGUACGCUCCAAUGUAUUUCUAAUAAAUCAUUCUCAAAUGAC